AGAAGUUUCCAUGACACAUCCCAAAUGAGAUGAUAUAAGACUUUGUUUUACAAUAACAAACUACGUUCUGUUUUCCGUCUUGCCGUUAACAAACUUCAGAAGAUAAUUCAUGGAUUACUCUAAAAUUCUCCGUUUCUAUUUCUUUGUUACAUUCAUGUGUUUUGCAACAAUAAAGGCACAAGGUAGUCCUACUUUCUUGUAUAAUGUUUGUUCCGGAAACAAAACCACAGCCAAUAGCACCUUCCAUGUCAAUCUUAUGACCCUCCUCUCUUCUUUGUCAUCAAAAUCCAUUAGCAACAUGGAAUUCUAUAGCACCACAGCCACUGCCAUAAACGCCUCUGACUCUGUUUAUGGAUUGUUCAUGUGCAGGGGGGAUGUAUCCUCCCAGCUUUGUCACGAAUGCGUGGGUAAUGCAACCCAAACACUAUUCUCUGAUACAGACUGCUCUUUGUCAAAUCGAGCGGUGAUUUGGUACGACGAGUGCAUGGUUCGAUACUCCAACAAUUCUUUCUUUUCCAUGGUUGCUACAAGCCCUGGUGUUUUCUUGAUGAACACGGCCAACGUCUCAAACCCAAAAAGUUUCAUGCCUUUAUUGUCUUCAACUAUGAAUGAAACUGCAGAAAAAGCAGCAAGUCUCCUUUCUAGUUACAGUAACAAGAUGUUUGCCACAAAUGAAUCAGAAGUUUCGAAAUUUCAGACUCUUUACUGUCUAGUUCAGUGCACGCCGGAUUUGUCGCCCAAUGAUUGCAGAACCUGUCUCAGUAGUGCUAUUGAGUAUCUUCCACAGUGUUGUGAUGGAAAGCAGGGUGGGAGAGUUCUGUUUCCUAGUUGCAAUAUUAGGUACGAACUUUAUCCUUUUUAUAGCUCAGUUAAUGCUUCCUCACCAAAUGCUCGUGUUCCAGAAACAAAUGAUUCCAAAGAAGAUGCAGGUUUUACACAAGAUCCAUUUUAUCUUGACUAUAAUUGCCCAGGUGGCAAGAGUACAAUCACUCAAAAAAACUUCAAAUUACUUCUCUCUUAUUUGUCUUCCAACGCCACAAGCAAUAAAUUUUCCUUAGUUAAAGUGGAAGACAAGGUGUACGGCCUAUUUAUGUGUCGAGGUGACCUCCCCCCUGGCCUCUGUGAAAGGUGCGUGAAAAACGCAACUGAUCGAAUAUACUCAAGUUGUCACUCAUCUCCAGAGGGUAUAAUUUGGUACAGUCACUGCUUGCUUCGCUACUCUAAUAGGAAUUUCUUCUCUGACAUGAAAACUAGUCCUAUGUAUCGCCAUAUUAAUACCACCACAUAUUCCUUCUCGGACCAAAAUUUGUUCACUAGUAAAUUAUCAAAUCAGUUAUCUCAACAAGCGAAUGAUACAGGAGACACUGUGGAGAGAUAUUUGACGAGGUCAUCAAAAUUGAAUGAUGUACAAACCUUGUAUACACUUGAACAAUGUACUCGGGAUUUGUCUGGUAGCCAAUGCUCUUCAUGUCUAAGUGAUAUAAUCAGUUCAUCAAUUCCGUGGUCAUUUUUGGGCAGUGUUGGAGGAAGAAUUAUAUAUCCUAGCUGCAAUCUCAGGUUUGAAUUGUUCCAAUUUUACGACGAUGUUGGUGAAGCUCAGUCGCCUGAGAGUCCUCCAUUAGGAAAUAAAGAGAAAUGGAGAAUUGUCGCCAUCGUUGUUGCUAUCAUUAUUUCGGUGAUACUCUUUUCUAUUGGCUACUAUUAUUUUCUGAGGAGAAAGGGAAGAAAGAGUCGUAGAACAAUUCUCCGAGAAAAUUUUGGGGAAGAAAGUGCCAGUUUGGAACCAAUGCGAUUCGACUGGGUGACAAUUCAGGCAGCAACUAACAACUUUUCUAAAGAUAAUUACAUUGGCAAAGGUGGAUUUGGAGAAGUUUACAAGGGUAUCCUUCAGGAUGGACGAGCAGUCGCUAUAAAGAGACUUUCAAUAAAUUCGAAACAAGGUGUUGAGGAGUUUAAGAACGAAGUUUUAUUGAUAGCUAAACUUCAACAUAGAAAUCUAGUAAUAUUUAUUGGAUUUUGUCUUGAGGAACACGAGAAAAUACUUAUUUAUGAAUUUGUGCCCAACAAGAGUCUUGAUUACUUUUUAUUCGAUUCUCAAUGCAAAAAGUUGUUAACUUGGGCUGAACGCUUCAACAUCAUUGGAGGAAUUGUUCGAGGAAUUCUUUAUAUGCAUGAACAUUCCAGACUCAAAGUUAUCCAUCGUGAUCUCAAACCUAGUAAUAUUCUUUUAGAUGAAAAUAUGAUUCCUAAAAUUUCUGAUUUUGGUUUAGCUCGAAUUGUUGAAAUAAGUCAAGAUGAAGGGACUACAAAUAGAAUUGUUGGGACAUAUGGUUAUAUGUCUCCGGAAUAUGGAAUGCUCGGACAAUUUUCUGAAAAAUCAGACAUUUAUAGUUUUGGAGUCAUGCUUUUAGAGAUUAUUGCAGGAAGAAAGAAUAUGAGUUCAUAUACACCCCACCAUGGUGCUGAAGGGGUUAAUGGGCUCUUGAAUUAUGUUUGGAGACAAUGGAAGGAUCAAACACCGUUGAGUAUAUUGGAUCCAAAUAUUAAAGACGAUUAUUCAAAAAUUGAAGUAACCAAAUGCAUUCAAAUUGGUCUAUUAUGUGUUCAACAUAACCCUGAUGCGAGACCUUCAAUGGUGACAAUUGUUUCUUAUCUUAGCAGUUAUUCGAUUGAAUUACCAACUCCACAAGAACCUAUAUUUUUCUCAAGUGGUAGAACUAAUUCAAAAUCAGAUGCCCAAGAAUCAAAUUCAGCUCAAUCUGCAAACAGUUCGUCUCUAUUCUCUAUGAAUGAAAUGUCUAUCACUAAUUUUAUUCCUAGAUAGUUAAUUUAAUUUGAUUUUAGCUGUAUUAUUGCUGUCAACAAAUUAUGUCUUCCCGCAUCAAUAUGACAUUGAAAAGGAUUGAGAAAACAUUGUAAAAUUUUUGUUGAGUUUAUAAUUUGUAUCGCGUUGGAGAUUAUUAACUAUUUGUUGAGUAUAUAUGUAUCUUGUUGGAGAUUAUAUAGCUAUUUGUUGAUUAUAGGCACCAUUGGCCAAUCUGUUUUAGCAA